AUGAUGUUGUCAACGUCCACACGCCCCAGGACUUUGGUUGAGUCUCAGGGAUACAUGAGGAGCUCCGACUCUCUAAAAUGGAAGGAUAUCGAGCUUUACAUGGUAAAGCACCCGGAAAACCCGGCAUGUCCGACACUUCUUAUGAGGGUUAGGCACCGGCUUAACAAAGGCAAGAGAAACAAGGGUGUGGCCCCAGUCUUUACUUAUACGAAAAGAAACGACAACCUGGGUCUAUGUGUCAUUCAAGACAUAUUAGAAUUUGCAUUUCGCGAUGAUGCAUUUGCUAGUGAUUAUAUUAAAGAGCCAAGAGAUGUCUGGCACUACACCCACAUACCGGAUCACCGAGUCAGUACCCCUAUUCAUUUCAAGGAGGAAGUUCAAGAGAUCCCGAUAUUUUGUCGCGCCGUGAAGGAUGCAGAAGGAAAGUGGAUAACUCACCCCACAAGUGCCUUACCAUAUAAAAAGCUCCAGGAAGAUGAAGUCGCGACAAGCAGGUCAGAUGGUUCCAAGGACCCUGGCUCUUUGUAUAAAUACCGCAAAGGGGCGGCUGCAAAUCUUAGGCACUUGGACGAGCACUCCAGAAAUGUGAUCAUGGGCCAUAGCCGGAGUCACACAUUUGCAUACUAUGUUCAGGUCCAGGACGAUACCCAAUCCGCCUUUAUGGGCACCCCUACCAGAGAUGCGUUGAUUAAGCUGGCAACAAAUUCAAGUUUGACCUGA